AUGGACCACAGAAACAUUGUGCGGAGAAAGCUGACUGGUUACGUUGGGUUCGCCAACCUCCCCAACCAGUGGCACCGCAAGAGUGUCCGUAAGGGCUUUAACUUCAAUGUCAUGGUUGUUGGCGAGUCUGGACUUGGAAAGUCCACAUUGGUCAACACGCUCUUCAACACUUCCCUGUAUCCCCCAAAGGAGCGCAAGGGACCUAGCCUUGACAUCAUUCCCAAAACCGUGACCAUUCAAUCCAUUAGCGCCGACAUCGAGGAAGCUGGCGUCCGCCUUCGCUUGACAGUUGUGGACACGCCCGGCUUCGGCGACUUCGUUAACAACGAUGAGUCGUGGCGCCCCAUUGUAGACAACAUUGAGCAGCGGUUCGACGCCUACCUGGAUGCGGAGAACAAAGUCAACCGCAUGAACAUUGUCGACAACCGGAUUCACGCUUGCGUCUUUUUCAUCCAGCCCACGGGCCACUCCCUGAAGCCUCUUGACAUUGAGGUCAUGCGACGACUUCACACCAAGGUCAAUCUUAUUCCCGUCAUUGCCAAGUCCGACACUCUUACGGACGAGGAAAUCACAAGCUUCAAGGCCAGGAUCCUCGCCGACAUCAAAUACCACGGCAUUCAAAUUUUUGAAGGCCCUCGGUAUGAGCUUGACGAUGAAGAAACAAUUGCCGAGAACAACGAGAUCAUGUCCAAGGUUCCGUUUGCCGUUGUAGGUGCCACCAACGAGAUCAAGUCUGCCGACGGCCGCCCGGUCCGUGGUCGUGAAUAUCCUUGGGGCAUCAUCGAGGUGGAUAACGAGGAGCACUGCGAUUUUGUAAAGCUCCGCCAAAUGUUGAUUCGAACUCACAUGGAGGAGUUGAAAGAGCACACCAAUAACCUCCUCUAUGAGAACUACCGCACAGAUAAACUGAUCGCCAUGGGCGUCUCUCAAGAUCCUAGCGUCUUCAAGGAGGUCAACCCUGCAGUAAAGCAAGAGGAGGAACGAGCCCUUCACGAGCAGAAGCUCGCCAAGAUGGAGGCCGAGAUGAAGAUGGUCUUCCAGCAGAAGGUUGCCGAGAAAGAGAGCAAGCUCAAGCAAUCCGAAGAGGAGCUCUAUGCUCGACACCGGGAGAUGAAGGAACAGCUCGAGCGCCAACGCCUAGAGCUUGAAGACAAAAAGAAUCGUAUCGAGAGCGGACGGCCGUUGGAGAAGGAAGGCAAGCGUAAGGGUUUCUCGCUGCGCUAG